CAGCCUCGGAGCUAGCUUGACCUGCUGCAUCCUCCCGGGCUUUUCAAGUCAAAGAACUCAGACUUCCUGAAAUUGUUGCACUGGAUACGUCGGCUGAACCGGUGGUUUUGAAAAAAGAACGAGGGUCACCAUGGGGCGGUGGCUCUGGGCAGCAGAGGGCCCUUUUAGGUCAGAACCCGAAGGCCUUUGAGACGAGAAGAGGAGGAGGUGUCCCUUCACCAGAACCUAUGACCCGAGGCUCUGCUCCCACCCUGUACCUGCCCAUUGAGUUCCACAAGAUGGGCUCCUUCCGAAGGCCGAGGCCCCGCUUCAUGAGCUCCCCUGUGCUGAGUGACCUGCCCCGCUUCCAGGCUGCUCGCCAGGCCGUGCAUCUCAGUUCCAAUUCAGCCUGGAACAGUGUCCAGACUGCGGUCAUCAACGUGUUCAAAGGAGGAAGCCUGCAGAACAAUGAGCUAUUCCUGCUGAAUGAAAACAUCAGGCGGCUGCUGAAGAGUGAACUUGGAUCCUUCAUUACAGACUAUUUCCAGAACCAGCUGCUUGCUAAAGGGCUCCUGUUUGUGGAAGAGAAGGUUCACCUGUGUGAAGGUGAAAAUCGAAUUGACCUUCUGGCUGAAGUAUGGGAUCAUUUCUUCACUGAGACCCUCCCCACCCUGCAGGCGAUAUUUUACCCUGUUCAGGGGCAGGAGCUGACUAUCCGCCAGAUCGCCCUGCUAGGCUUCCGGGACCUCGUUCUCCUCAAAGUAAAGCUGGAGGAGAUGCUUCCCGUGGGACAGACCAAAGUCCCGUCGUCCAUCGUCCAGAUGCUGCUCAUUCUUCAGAGUGUCCAUGAGCCCACGGGCCCCAGCGAGGGCUACCUGCAGCUGGAGGAGUUGGUGAAACGGGUUGUGUCUCCCUUCCUUGGCACCAGCAGUGGGGACCGAGUCUUCUCAAGUGCUGCUUGUGCGCUGGCGCGACGGCAUUCUCGAGCCCGCCCCAAGGUGACGGUCCUGAACUACUCGCAGGGAGCAGUGACCCCCCGACCUCUCCACGAGAUGGCCUUGACCCCGCUGACGGAACAGGAGGGGGAGGCGUACCUAGAAAAGUGCGGCAGCAUCCGCCGCCAUACCGUGGCCAACGCCCACUCGGACAUCCAGCUGCUUGCCAUGGCCACCAGGAUGCACUCUGGCAUGGGGGAAGAGUCCGACGGCAGCGACAAAUGCCUGCUCCUCCCGCCUAGCUUCCCUCCCCACCGGCAGUGCUCUAGCGAGCCCAACAUUGUAGACGGCCCCGAGGAAUUAGAGGAGGGGAUGGCAGACGUUCAGGAGCGUGGGGAGCUCAGCUGUACAUCUCUCAGCUGAGACACUCCCCUCGGUAAGGCAGGCAACCCCAGGAGAAGGAGAACCCCAGGCAAGAAUUUCUCUGUGGCCAGAGAUUACCCCAGAAAGUCAGAAAGUUUGUCCUUGCACCUGAGGAACACUUCUUUAUUUCACUGUAUGGGGACAAGCCGGGUUUAAUUCUGUCCUCAAAGUCAUGUCCAAACGUCAGGACCUUUGGUGAUACUGCCUCUGCAUCCCCCUCUGAACCUCAUCCUCCCUGUUUGGACCAGACAUUGCCUGACAUCUCAAAGACCCAGUUCAGUAGCACCCCCUGUCCUGAGUCUCUGGAUUCUAACGCUGUGGCCCAGGCAGCCUCUUCUAACGAUCCCUAAGGCAGGUCCCUUCAACAGCGAAUUCCCUUGUGCUGCCAGGGGUAUUCCUCAAUAUGUGUGGCAUUUUUCUAGCGGGGGGUGGUUGACUGGACCUUGGUCACUCGGUUGACUGUACUGAUCUUUCUUGUUGCUUUUCAGGCAAAGGAUUAUGGGGAACGUAGAGGAGGAGGAAGACAGAGUUAACUUACCUCCUUCCAUGUUGGGAAAGUGAAAGAUGAGAAACCUCUUAAUUCCUCAGAUUCCAAAUGAAUGAUGGCAUCUUAGGAAUGCUUUGAAUUCAGAGCAUCUUGGUUUGUGUGUUUCAUAUGUAAAGGAAGCGUUAUCCCCAAAAGUGGGACAGGAUGGAGUUUAUGUGGGUAGCAUUUCAAUCCAGUAAAGAAGGGUGCUGUGACUGAGACCUCUCUGUUGGACCCAGACAAUUCCUCCUUGGGGACCCUUGUCAAAUGCAAAGAACAUGCCUGUGUGUGUGUGUGUGUGUCUGUCUGUCUGUGUACUUGAGUGUGUGCAUGCAUAUGUGUGUGUGUGUUUGUGUGAGAGAGACACCCAAGGUCUUUACCUUCUUAAUUCAGACACUGACCUUUUAUUCCCAAUUUUGAGUGAAAAUGACUGCCUGACAACUGUUAGACUAUUCCUGGAAUUGACUUGAAUUUUUAAACUUGUGUAUAGUUCAUUAAAAAAAAGGGGUGUUUGUUUUUUGUCUGUUUGCAAAGGUUUGCACGUAGGAUCUUGCACUUUUCAUCUAAUGUCUUCAAACUGGAAUACACCUCUCCUCCUCACCUUCCCCACAGCUAGUGGCUGCCAGGAGUAUUUUAGGAGCAAGGAAGUCUGUGUGGUGACAGCUGGUGGGCCACUCAGAACUACAAAGGCCACGGCUCUUGAAACUAAAGCAAGCCUCUGUGUACUGUGUUAGUAGCUUAUGAGGCAGAAUCCCCACACCACUUCCUGCUAGCCCCUCAGGUCUUGUGAAUGGAAAGCCGUCCCUAGAGUCAGGAAGUCCCACUUUGGAUACAUCCUAACCUUGUGAUGAUGGGCAGAUCACUUGAACCUUUCAUUGGCAGUUGUCCAAGGUCAGUUGCCAAUCUGCAUCUAAAGACAUUUCUACCCUGAGAAUUUCCCCACAAUGAUGAAAGGUUAGGGCAGGAGGCAUUGGGGGAAGCUACCUUGCCUUGUGGGUUAAGAUUUCACCCUGGGGAGGUGACAGGAGACAGAGAAGGGAGAAACCCAUUCUCUGUGGGUCCGGAAAUGUGUCCGCUUCCAGUGGACCCCCCGAACUUGUUAGACUGGCACACCAUUCAGGAGAGGAGCAUUGUGUGGAUGUGAGUUAUUAGUCUUGUGAUAUUUCCAUUAUUAAAUCCAACGUUGUAGGGCGACUCUAUUACCUGCAAACUCCAGCCAGCCCUCUCCCCUUUCUCUAAAUGUGUUUCACUGUCCAAAGUCCCUUCAGAUGACGACUUCCUUGGCUUUUGUUAGUCUGUGGAAAACAUUUUUUUUUUUAAAUAAUAGUGACACGGGCAAACCUGACUCCAUGUGGAUGUCAAGCCAGGGGGAGGUGGUUAGAGCCACCGGCAAGGGAGGAAGGAUCUCCUGAGCCCGAGGCCUUGUGCAUCACCUCUGUCAUUUGCUGAUAGCCUCUAGGAAAUGUGAUAAUUUAUACGCUUUCUCUGUCGUGUAACUUUGGAAACUGUUUGUUAAAAAUUGCUCAAUUUAAAAUGGUGUCUUAGUGACUCUUAGACUGUGAAGAGACCUCGGGUCAUCCAGAGCUCAGUCCCUUCACGUCAAGUCUGUUUUUUUUUUCCUUCUGCCCCUCUUAGUAAUGAAAGAUAAGUUUUCUAAAUGAAAUCUUUGAGAACUCACAGGAAAGGUUUUUUUUUCCCCCCAAACAAAAUCUUUGUCUGCGACUUGAUUAGGCUCUGUGAACUGAGCAGCACCCACUUGCAAUCAGAAAAGUAAUAAGUUGUGCCCCUGCUAACACGUUUUUUUCAACAUAGUGGUACAUUUAACUGACGGCUGCUACCCUUAGCGUUAUUUACACAUUGAACAUAAAUCAUAUGCAUUCAUCCUGGAAUUGUGCUAACAUGUACUUUUUAAUUAUCAAGGCAAAGGGUCUGUUAAAAUACACACAAACAAAGCACUGAUGUUUAAAAAAAAAAAAGCCAUCAGUUAAAUACAUAAACCAUUAGGUUAAGAAGAGAAGUGUUCCUAAGGAAACGAUUCACCAAAUCCUGUUUGUUCAUGGGUAUGAGCUAGUUGGAGGACUUUGCCCUCAAUCUAUACGUGUAUAUAAUUAUAUAUAAUAUAUUGCUCUACUGUAUUAUAUAAAAUUAUACGUGUCAUUCUGUGUAUGUUAAAGAUUUGUUCAUGGUGUAUAGAUAGGUUAGCCUUCACCCUUGUAACAGGAAUGAUAUCCUUAGUGGUAUGGCUGUUAUUUCCUCCAUUAUGGAAUGAGGGACCACUCCCACUGUAUUUGCUAGACUUUUCUAAUUGUUGACAGAAGCCAACUCAACUAUAAAGUCCAGGCCCAUGAGCCAAAAGUCUUUCAAGUUGUCUGUUUGUUAUGUUCCCCAAGUAGAGUCAAUAAACACCAUUUUGUGUUCCUGCG